AAUUUCCUCGUGCCAGUCAAGUAGAACCCGUGGAAAAGCCAAAGAGAUUGUUGUUGUGUUCUUUCGUCCGUCGUCGUUUUUUACCUUGUCGAUUUUUGAUUCGAUUCGUCGUUCGUCGAUUUGAGUAGACGCAAAGUGCUUCUAAAUUUUGUGUCAUUUGUCGUGCGAAUUUCUCUAACCCGUGAGUUCUAUGAAUUCUGUGUGUUGAAUGUUUAUCAUCAUCAAAAUCAUACAUUCGAUUUGAAUGGCUAGCUAAUUAUAAAUAAUUUCAUUCAAUUGAAACAAAAGGCAACAAGAAAAAAGUUCACACACUCAUCAGCACAGCGAGACGGGACAACAACGACGACAAAUUUUUUUUUGUAUUUAAACCUCGGAAAUCACCGCAUCACAUCACAAUAAUAUCAUUACAUAAACCGUCUAAUGGCAAAGAGGGGCUAAACGACGACGAAACAAAUUUUGAAAAUCCCAAGACACGAUGACGAUGUGAAUAAUAAUAAAAAAAAAAAAAACAAAAGAAGACAAAUUCUCUCAUAUAAAAAUAGAAACACAAUCAAAUCAAGACGAGAAGAAGAAGAAAAAAAUAAGUUCAGGAACUACCCAUAAAUCAGGUAACCCAACAAAAACCACACAAACCAACGUUAAACGAAACAAAAGCAACAAGGACACGUCUCUUGCUCAAUCCUUUCUCUCGCGCUCAGCAGCAACCAGCAACACCAACAGGAGACGAAAAGAUGCCUCCAAGAUGCUAAAAAUCAAUAACAACUCACAACAACUCGCCCACACCAACAUCAGCUCAAAAUGAAGACGAAAAUGUUGCACCAUCAAGGUCUCUUUGAUUUGGGCUAAAUCUCCUAAAAGAAGACCAAAGAACGAAUAGAAUAGAAUCAACACAAUCCGACAAAAAAAGUCAAGUUCGAGGAACGACCAAAUCAACCAAACCGACAGAGUUUGUGUGUUGUUUGUUCUCUCUGCGUGUUGUUGCCUUCCUUCCUUCCGUGUGUGGUGUUGUUCUGUUUCGGUUGAAGGUUGCAUAGAAACGCUUUGCUUCUAUUUGUUGUUGUUGUUUUUUCGGUGUAUUCAAAAGUUGAACGUAGAUACACGGCACACCUCUUCUUCUCUCGUAGAUCUUAGAUUUUUAUUUUCUUCUCUAGUCAACAAAUCUCGUGAUAUUUACUCUCAUUAGCGUAUAAUUAUUCUACUCGUUGCCGCCGCUGUCUGAAACGACGACGACGACUACGUUGACAUCGACGACGACGACUCGACGUCGCUCGCUCAAUAGGAGCCAGCAACAACACAGUCACACACUAUCACAGCAAUCAGCUGUAGCUUAUUUAGAUUGACUACUGUGUUGUAUUUAAUUUGUUGUUAGUAAUGGAUCGUGUUAGCAGUGAUGAACGUAUCACUGCUAGCCCCAAAUCCAGCAGCAAAGGCAGCAGCAAUAUAUUCAGUGGAUUAUGGCCAAAGCGUUCGACCAAAGUCGAACCGCAUCCGGUGUUGGAGAAGCGUGAUACUAACCAUUUGAGUGCACCCAAUUCCGCCGCUGCCAAUACUGUGCCACAUGAUGUGUCCUUUGCCAAGUGUUCCCCGGAGAAACUUGGUAAUCGCACCACAAACAACAACAACAUCCACAAUAAUAAUAACGAUACCAAUGCAAUAACUAGCGUUAAACGUAGAAUUAAGAACCGUCCACUUAGAAAUAAGUCAAGUCGAGGCAGUUCAAGUCACAGUGCCGAUCAUAAUCGUUUCAGUCAUCAAUUUUCGCUGUGCUGCAAAGUGGAUCGUAAGCCAAUGACUCCGCCGGUGAGUGUACGCUAUAAUUCACUGCCAGAUGCGGGUUGUUUGAAACGAGAGAAUCUCACAUUGAAUCUUGAGUCGAAUGCAAUGGAAGAACCCAUUUCGGAAUGUAAUAGUGCCCCAGAGACGCCAAUGAAUGGGAAGAUGUUGCAAUCGUUUAAUAACUCUCAUAGUUCGCCAUCGAAUUCGUCGGUGAAGAGUACACAGAGUGAGUGUAAUGUGCCGCGGUCGAUUGCAAUGACAGCGUGUAGAUCACGAUUGAGAUUAAAGUUGCUUCCACCGGGUAAGGAGUUGGUGAAUGAGUUGCAACAUAUGUCGUCACCGAAUAUAUCGACACAGCCUGUAGCUGGAGGUUUGGAGGAAAUCGCGGCGGCCGAGGGAGUUCGUUCCUGGUCACAUGAUAAUAUUCCAAUGCAACGAAUGGAGAAGCAACAAAUACAGUUACAGCAACAACAAAACCAACAGAAUAGUGGUAAUAGUGGUUCAGGAUUAGCCAGACAGGCAUUGAUGGCAGCACAGGUUUUGAGUUUGAUUCCAACUGAAAAAGCUAGAGAUAGGAGUUAUCUUGAUGGACGAUUAGGAUCUUCAACACUUUUGGGACCAAGUGAAUUGGAUAGAGUGUUGCCACACAAAGAAGUUACUAUAUUUGUUGGCACAUGGAAUAUGAACGGGCAGAGCCCACCAAAACAAAUGAAUGAUUUCGUAUUACCUGCGACCAUAGAAAAUGUUCCUGAUAUUGUUGUCGUUGGAACUCAGGAAACUUGCCCCGAACGUGUCGAAUGGGAAGUGACACUACAAGAAACCCUUGGACCAUCACAUGUGCUCUUUCAUUCAACCACUCUCGGAACUCUCCAUCUUGCCAUAUUUAUGCGACGUGAUCUUAUUUGGUAUUGCUCAGCACCCGAAGACGCCAGUAUGUCAGUGCGGCCUGGUACAGCAUUCCGUACAAAAGGCGCCAUAGCUAUAUCGUUUUGUUUAUUUGGAACCUCCAUGCUCUUUGUCACAUCCCACCUCACAGCCCAUCAGCAAAAAGUCAAAGAACGCGUAUCCGAUGUGAAAAGAAUAAUCCAUGCAUUAGAUUUGCCAAAGAAUCUACAGCUGCGACACAAGAACAAAGAUGUCACUCAGAAUUUCGAUAAUGUCUUUUGGUGUGGAGAUCUCAACUUUCGAUUAAGUGAACCUCGAGAGAAGCUACUCGAAUGGAUUCAGAAUACAAAAUUUCCGCUGCCAUCUCACUUGCCACAUGGUUAUAUGCACACUGAUCAGUUGUCGUCGGUAUUGGCUGAUGGAGCAGCAUUUCGUGGAUUUAUGGAGGCCAAUAUAACAUUUCCGCCAACUUAUAAGUAUGAUCCAGGCACGCAACAGUUUGAUACCUCUAGCAAACAACGUGCUCCAGCCUAUACGGAUCGCAUUCUGUACAAGUUUCGACAAACCCAAGGGCUGCAAAUGCGUAGAGCGAGUAAUUUUGCAGCCGCAGCUGGACAACCAGCGGCUCUGGUGGAGUGUCUUUCUUAUGAUUCAGUGCCUUCGAUAACAUCGUCGGACCAUAAACCCGUUUGGGCUCUCUUCAGGACCUCCAUUCGUGCCGGAACUGAUUCCAUUCCACUUGCUGCUGGAUUAUUCAAUCGUGAUAUCUACAUUCAGGGAAUGAAGCGUCGUCUAAAUAACCAGUAUUCUGGUUCCUCUGCUGUCUGCUCAGUACAAUAAUUUCCUCUAGCUAUCAUCUAUCUAUCUAUAAACUGUAGAUGUAGACCAUAUCUUUAGUCAAAAUGGCAUUCUAAUCAAAUCAGCGGGACAAAAAACUUAGAUUUUAAUUCGUAUUUUUUGUUUGUUUUUCUGUUAAUUUUCUAGUCGUAUGCGUUACUUAAAGUUUCGUAUGGUUGUGUGCUUUAAUGAAUAGGCCUUAAGUCAAUAUAGCUAAUUGCUAUGUUAGUAGACUAUCUCUCUUUUGAUUGUUAGUUCCAAAUAAAAUAAAAUAAAUUUAUGUUUAUAUUUAAUAAAUAAAAUAAAAUUAUAGAAUAAAUACCUAUAACAGAAUCUCUGUGACAAUGUUAAGAUAAAUAAAAUUUAAUUAAGUUAAAAUCUAAUAAUUUAAUUCUAGAUAGUAAAAUUAUUCUUAGAUAACGAAAAGACACAAACAACAAAAAACUAUGUUUUCUUGCGCUUUAGAUUUUAAGAUUGUUCGCUCUGUCCAAAAAAAAAAAAAAAAAAAAAACAAGAUAAAAAACAACGCUUCUUUUUUUACAAUUCUGUGGUAAAUGUAUAAAAAUUUAACGUUUGAAACGUUAAAUCCUCGGUUCGCACGAAUUAAAAGAAU